GGCGGCGGUGGCAGCGGCGAAGUCGACCCUGAGGCCCCACAACCCACCUACAUCAAUGUGCACAUCCAUCAGGAAUCGGCUCUCGCCAAACUCCUGCUGGCCGGAUGCUCAGCGCUAAGGCUUCCAGCAUCUGCCUCCACCUGGAGCCUGGACAGCAGCAGGCUGCUGGUGGCCUCCUGGGUGGUGCAGAUUGUGCUGGGAGUUCUGAGUGUGAUUCUGGGCGGAACCCUCUACAUUGGCCGGUAUUUAGGGAUGUACACCUCAGGCGCCCCCUUCUGGACUGGGAUCGUGGCUGUGCUGGCUGGAGCUGUUGCCUUCCUUCACAAGAAACGGGGUGGUACCUGCUGGGCCCUGUUGAGGACCCUUCUUGUGCUGGCAAAUUUCUGCAUGGCUGUGGCGGCCAUUGUCCUUGGGGCUCGUCAGUUCAACGUUUCCCUCUACUAUAACAGAGCUGAACUCUGUCGAGGCUAUUCAUCGGAUCCCUGGCCCACCGAGUCCGUCAUCACCCCACUUCCGGAGGAAGCUGAUAGAAUAGACCUGUGCAAAUUCUACUUACACAUGCUAACGACCCUGCUCACAAGCCUCCAUGCAAUGAUCUUGGGCGUCUGGGUGCUGCUGCUCCUGGCUUCUCUCACCCCUGUAUGUGUUUUCUUAUGGAAAAGAUUCUUCACAAAAGCGAAAACAGAUGAGAAGAAACCGAUAGGUGCAACUGUGAUCUAGGCCUGUCUCUCCUCUUGCUCUGCGCGUCCCUCCUUCAGAAACCUGAAAGAAGAGUCUGACAAGAGGAAACAGACCCGACCCCACUGCCAGGGCC